GUGCAGUCGUCUGCAGUGGACGUAGAUUCAAAGCCAUCUCUCUUUUCAUCGAUAUCCGACACUGAUAUCGAGAUGUCGUCGGAUGAUCAAGACACAGACUCUAUCCGGACGCACAGUCCACCACCAGCAUCGGGUCCAGUAACAACAACUUCCCCCUUCAACAGCAUCGAUGCCGACCUGAUUCUGCGCUCGUCGGACCAAGUCGAAUUCCAAAUCCAUCGCUACGCUAUGACAAUGGCAUCCCCUGUCUUUCAGGAUGUCCUCUCCCUUCCUCAGCCAGCUGACACUCUGAACGGACCUCCUGUGGUAGACUUACCGGAAGACAGCCGCACACUCUACACCAUUCUCCGCAUCUGCUAUCCCGUACUUGAUCCCAAGAUCGAUACGAUCGAACUCGCGCGUUCUGUCUUGGAUGCCGCAUUGAAGUACGACAUGGUCGUCGUGGUCGAUUACUGCAAGCGAGCUCUUCGCAGUCUUGCGAAGUCUCAACCACUGCGGGUGUAUGCCAUUGCCUGUACGAUCGGAGCAGAAACGACGGCCAGGCUGGCUGCCGGUGCCUAUGCCAAGUGGUUGGAGGGUCUCUCAAAUCAAAGGGUCGCUGAGUUCGAGGAUAUGUCAGCUGGAUGUUAUUUCCGACUGAUGUUAUAUUGUCGGUCCUCUCGUCCGGAGCUUUUCAGCUUCUGUCAUGGGGAGCGUAUAUCAACCACCAGCCCCGAAGCCUGCGGUAAUGCUUCAUCCGAAGAAGUCUUGCGCACAGCACCCUUCCCAUUCGAUAAUCCUGCCGCCGGCGUUAUCAUCCUGACCAAGGACAAGAUGCAAUUUCAUGUCUCCGAGUCUAUUCUUAUCCUAGCCUCUCCCGUCUUCAAAGAGAUGUUGCACACCAACUCCAACUCAGAGCAGCGCACGCUCGAGGUCGACGACGAUAGCGACACCAUACGAUGCAUCCUGUUAUUUUGUUACCCGUUUGGCAUACCCGAGACGGUAGCCAUCGAAGCCGUCCCAGCCGUGUUGCGCGCCGCCGAUAAAUAUCAAGUCGAGAGGGCAAAAUGGUUCCUACGCAAACAAUGGGAAAUGUUCGCGUCUGAGCCGUUGCGCGCGUACCUACUAGCUGCUGCUACUGGCUGGAAGGAAGAAGCUGGCAUCGCAGCUCGGGCUCUUCUGGAGGUUACCACCCGCGAUUUGCAGGACAGAUACGUUAAAGAAUUGGAACGAGCCUCUGCAAGCUCUUACAUUCGCCUCCUCGAAUAUCGUGAGAAGUGCAUAGAGGUGACCUGUAGCCGC